AUGUCUGCUUUUCAGCGCAUCUUCCGAUGCCACGAAUUACUGGACGUUAUCACAUCGUUCCAGCCUGGCUCGCCCCAGGACCUCCACGUUUUUCUCCCCCUUAGCUACCCCAAGAUCAACUUUGGUACACCCGUUUCCCAACACGACAUGUUUCUCGUCAAGCUUUCGUUUGCGUCCGUGCAUGCUGCCAUUAAACCAUGGUAUCUCAUAUAUGGCGUGACGCGGCUCUCAAAACUCGUGACGUGUGUCCCUCAAUUGAUCGACCUUUUCUUCGCCGACGCAGUGUUCUUUGGUGAAGUGGCCAUCGUGACGCUACUGUUACGACUCGUACAGUCGACUCCCACACCGCUACCAUUGAAACGCGAUGCGCUUACAGUCGCCGCCAUGAACGGCCAAGUGGACAUGUUUCAGCAUCUGCAACAGUGGCAAUACCGAAACGUUUCGACGAACGUGAUGACGUGGGCUACGCACGGAGGCCACUUAGCCAUGUUGCAGUACCUCCACGAACAACACGCCACUGGCGCGUCUGCACAGACUAUGGAUAUGGCGGCGCGCAAUGGACAUUUGCAUGUGGUGCAGUGA